AUGGUGCCAGCGGGGCUGCCUCUGUCCACGCCUUGGGGACUGGAGUACUCGAUACACGAGUGUCCGCGCCGGCAUCGUGACGACGUGGCGGCGCUCUUCCCAGGCACCUCGCUGGACGGCAUGCUUGUGAUCCCCACAUGCCAGCACGCCCAGAUGGACCUGGUGCAGAUGGGGCAGCGGGUGGAGGAUGAGAAGGACCGGCUGCUGGAGCGAUUUGUGGAGUUUGCCAAGACGGUGUGCGAGCGGCUGGCGGCGCUGGGGCACUGGGCGGAUUACAUCGACCCGUGCAGCGGCCUGCCCAUGGUGCACCGCGCCACCAAUGCGGUGUAUGGCGAGGUGGAGGGGCUGGUGACGCUGCUGGGGUACCGCACACAGAACGCGGGGUGCUGCAAGAUCAUCCUGCAUCCCAAGUGGGGCAGCAACGUGUACCCAGCCAGCCUGUUUGCCAAGGCGCCGCUGGCGGCGGUGGUGGCGGCCAUCGAGGAGGCGGUGGCGGCGCUGAGGGAGCGAUUAUGA